AUGUGGCAAACAAUCAAUCUGAAUGAUUAUGUUGAUUCUUCUCUUAUUGAUAUUGAGACAGUAAAAUUUAAUCUUUCGGCAUGGCUUGGUGGCUUUAUACAUCAGAAUGAUACGGCUACAAUUUCGUUGACUUUUCUUAACCAAGCCAAUCAAAUGGUAGGAAAUGUAAGCAGUAUCGGACCCGUUGACAAUGUUGAUCGAAGCAAUGUAACAUCAUUUCUCUUUCGACAAACGACCGGAGUUGUGCCUGCCGGGGCUCGUUCAGUAACAGUGCUUGUCUUAAUUGCUCGUACCAUUGGACCUAUUAAUGAUGGCUAUGCCGACAACAUCGGUGUCUUCUUAUAUCAAUGA